UGUUUGUACUUUGUUGUGAACGGACGUCUCGAAUAUUUAUAAAAUUAAUAAAUAAAAACUCGCUGAAUCGUGACCUAGUUAGUUUUUACAUACUGACCGAAUCACUCUGUGAAACGUAAACAAUACUUUUGCUUAUUAUUGUCAAGCAAAAUAAAAUGUGUAAAGUGUUACCAAGCCAAUAUCUGUGACACAAUGGCGAGCAGCCCCUUUAGCCGGGGUGACCGGUGUGCCCGGAGUCCGCCUCCUACACCCGUGGCCGCAGCUAGACCUACACCCGUGCCUGCACAUGCACCCCCUCAGACGCCUACGCAAAAAAACGAGGUGGAGGUGAUCUCGACGCCAGAAAUCCAAAACUGGAUGAAGAUUAUCGACCAGUAUCUAGGUGAAGUGUGCACUAUUGCUACAGAGGGCAAAUUAAACUCAGACCAAAAAAUGCGCAUAAGUAGUUUAUGCAUGAAAAUUAGCCACGGCACAUCUCAAAUGGCUGUUCAGUACCAGUCCAUCAAGAUGAAAGCAGUUAUGGCUACCUCUACCGUCGAAAGACUGGAAGAACAAAUGGAAGAACAACUUAAUUUGUCGGAGCAACUACAACAAUUGAAGUUGACAAUUGGAGCAUCUAACAAGCCAAACACCGGACCUUCUUUUGCUGAUAUGGUUAAAAAAAGUUCCAACAAAUUUAUACAGCCCUUAAAUUUAAGCUCAGUGGCCAUCUAUCCUAACGACAAAUUAAAAUCCAGUGAGGAGACAAAGUCACUUGUACAAAAAAUCAUAUGCCCUGAACAGAUGAAACUACAAGUGAGAGGACUACGCAAGACUAGAAACGGCGGUGUAAUCAUCAGCACUGAAACCAAAGACGACAUUGAGAAAGUUAAGAAAUCGAUGCAGUCAACAAAUACAGGCCUAAUAGUCGGCGAACCCCAUAAAAGAAAACCUAGAGUUGUAAUUUGUGGAGUGCCCUCAUCGAUGCAAGAUAAGGAAGUAUUUACGUGUUUGUACAACCAAAACCUAGCCGACAAACUACAGGACUGUAGCCUAGAGACGUUUUUGUCCUCUGUUAAGCUGAGCCACAAAUCAGGUAAGAAGGAUGCUGAUACCUGUAACUUUAUAAUAGAAGUAUCUGCACAAAUACGUAAAGCCCUCAUGUGCAAAGACCGAGCAUUCAUUAACUGGUCGUCCUGCCCUGUAAGAGACUUCACUCUAGUGACACGAUGUUACAAAUGUCAGCAGUACGGACAUGCGGCUAAAUCAUGUCGGGAGACCACCUACAUAUGUGGGCACUGUGGUGAAUUGGGUCAUUCCAUCAAAGAAUGCACCAAGAAAGAAGAGGAACCAAAAUGCGCUACUUGCUUGCACUUCAAAAAGCCAAGCAAUCAUAAGACAGGUGCUGCGGACUGUCCGGCGAAAAUUAUGGCAGAAAAUAGGUACAUAAAUUCAAUAGAUUAUGGAGGCGCCUAGGAGCGCCGUAAAUUACGAUUCUUCAGGCCUU